UUUUCUUUUUUUUUUUUUUUUUUCACAGGAAAGCCGUCAAAAAGACACAAGAGGAAAAACUCCCAUCCCAAGACCACUAGGAAACGUAAAUCUUCUUCAUCCACACAAGCUGCUAAUCAGGAGAAGGGGAAAGAACCACGCAGCAAGAAGUCUUCCACCUCAACUGACGAAGCUGUCACUGUACACAUCCCGGAAUCACAGUUAGUCCAUCUGACUUCCGGUUCUGCAGCUGCCACCCCUUCCUCUACCCAUCAGGGAAGCGGCGUGCGCAAACAGGGUGCAACUAGCGUGUUUGUGCCAAUUUAUCUCAACCCACCCUCCAAAGUGUACAAAUGUCAGCGCUGCCCCGCGGUGUUUAGCGCGGUAAGCGAGAAGGAAGAACACUACAAGAUGCACAAGAAGGAAUUUAAGUGUUCGCUUUGCAGCAAAAGCUUCUUCACCGCUAACGGUUUUGAGCAGCACAAAGCAAAUGAAAGCCACGCGCACCCAUGUGAUGAUUGUGGCAAGGUUUUCACUAGCACGGUACAGCUCAAGAAACACAAGACCAUGCACUCAACUGACAGGCCAUUUGCAUGUGACCAGUGUGAUAAGUCAUUUUGCUCUUCAGCAAAUCUUCGCUCGCACGCGAGAACAGUGCACGCCACGGAGAAGAAACACAAGUGUCCUGAAUGCGGAAAAGCGUUCGCCCGCAGAGACAAAAUGAAGAGGCACUCGCUGAUUCACUACCCUGAUACCAGACCGACCUUCACCUGCCCCUUCCGUAGUCACACUGGAUGCAUGAAGACGUUCUACCGCGAUGACAAGCUCAAGCGACACUUGUUCACACACUCCAAAGAUAAGCCGUUUAAGUGUGAAAAGUGUAACAAGGGUUACGCACGCCGGGAUAACUUGAACGACCACAUGCGAAUUCACACUGGUAAUUACAGCCACACAUGCCGGCUCUGCGACAAAGGUUUCCUUGGACCGCACAAGCUGAAGAAGCACAUGCGGUCUGCCCAACGGAUCUCGUUGUCCCCUGAUAGUAUGGAUAACCACCCUCCCACCAUGGUCCCCUUGACUUCCAGUACUGCUCCUGGCACCACUAUCUCUGAGCGAGCAAUGUCUGCAGUGAGUGGGGGUGCUUUACAGUCUCCCCAAGAUGAUGGUGACGCUGUGCCUUCUUCACCCGAGGAAGCUUCGGAUGUAGGAGACGAAGAAGCGUUUGAUGGUUCGGGAUCCGAGAGUGCAGACGAAGCAACUUCGGAAGAGGAGGGAACAAUCAACGAAGGGGAGUCGGAAACACCAGAGCCAGUCCAACGACAAGCACCACCUCGAACCCCCGCUUCAACCUUGGCUACCCCUAAUCCUGCCCCCUUUACACCAGCCUCUCACGGCCCACUGCCGCGCAUGCGCCCCGUUCCUAGAGUCAGUGCGGCCCCUCAGCAGUUCAUUCCACCGCCUUUGCCGCCAGGCCUUCAAGCCACUGCGGAGCUAAUGGCGUUUACGCAAGAACUCUUUAACGUUGUUGGAAGAUAUCAAUCUUAACUCAGAAAGGUUUAAAAAGUCCUUUAAUUUGUCAGUAAUGAGAUGUGAGCGCGAACUCCUGCUUGUAAUCAAAUUUUCUGUUUUGUUUGGUGAAGGUAUAACAAGUGGUGUGUAAACGGGGAGGCAUUGUGAGGUAUUGAGGCUAGAUGGGCGGGAAUAAGUCUUCAAAUGAAAAAAAAAACAUUUCCUUUUGGCUCAACCUAGACCACAUACAGUCUCUGCCUUUCUAAAAAACUGAGCGGAGCCAGCGAAAAAUUAGCGAGCCAUGCUCUGCGCAAGGGGGAAAUUUCUACUGUUACAGGACUGUUGCGACUUAAUAAGUUCAGCUCUUGAAUUAUAUUGGUUCCAAUAGAAAGACUAAUAGUAGCUCCAAUGAUUAUGUUUAAAUUAAUAUUCUUAAUGUCGGUUUUAAUUGAUUUAAGUUAUCAGAAAGAGUUGGUGCACUUCAUUGGGGAUGAUUAUGUAGACCUCAUAAUUAACCCAAAAAAAUAGGGAUGUGAUACAUGAAUAUGGAAAACAUGUUCUUCAUAUGCAUUGUUUUAUUCCUGGAAACGAGUAUCUCACCACUUGUGACGGAUUGGAGAAUAAUCUGAGCUUGACGUCAUCAGAGUUGCUAAGCAACGUAAUGUAAUGGUGACGUCAAACAGACGUUAAGACAUGCGUACCCGUGUAGUUUUCUGAUUGGCUCAUAAAAAUCAGAAAAUAUUACUUUGGUACUUUUCUGGUUCACAACUCUCGGACUAUACCUUGGACUUGGUUCAAAGUGUGAAUGGAGUGUGCUCAUUAUGGUGGUCGUAGAACGUCCGAUUAUAACUUAAGAUGCAUUUUUAAGGUGCAAUUUAUCUUGGCUAUUGACUAUUGUUAACCUGUGUUUCCUGCAUAUGAAUACGUUCUAUGAACUUGUUUCCCGUAUCCUGGGGAGGACUGCCUUGGUAUUACGAUGAUCAACAUUGUGGACUGUAUCCGUUACCGAUUUUAACCUUUUCAAUGCACUUACAUGUAUGUUAGCCUGUGUUUUCCGGCACAUCAAUUGUUUAAUGCCAGGGUAACAGACGAGACGGCCUACGAACCCGUCUCCUGUACGGUGGAGAGGUCUGACCUCUUGGUAUGAAGAACAAUGUUUCGGAUAUAUCGAAACAGGAAAAACCUAGCUUCUGGCUAGCUUGCUUUUCGUUUAGCGAUCGUGGCAACACGGCAGCGAACAUUUUGUGUGUUGGGUAAAGGUGUGAAAGUAAAGUUUCGUAAGAAUUGUUGCGAAGCGAAUGGGAAAAAACACUUCACCUUUGUUAGGGAUUUUCCUCAUUUAGCUGCAGGGUCAACCUUAAUGAUCUGUUAUUUGUAAGAAAUUUUAGCAAUGUGACCAUGUCAUUGUUAUUGCGGUUGUGUUCGAGGGAAAAGUUAUAAAGGUUAAUUUUGAUAUUCCUUUAAAAUGUAUCAGGAAUGGAAA